CAAAGUCAACAGGAAGACAAUCCACAUUCAGGCUCCUCACAGACCCAGGGGGUGAGGAUGUUUCUACCUUCAGCCUACUUGCUCCUGCUGCUGGCCAGCGCCAGGGUCCUGACCCAGAUUAGCUCACACUCGCUGCGGUAUUUCCACACCGCUGUGUCCCGGCCCGGCCUCGGGGAGCCCCGGUUCAUUAUCGUCGGCUACGUGGACGACUCGCAGUUCGUGCGCUACGACAGCGAUGAGGAGAAUCCGAAGAUGGAGCCGCGCGCGCCGUGGGUGGAGCAGGAGGGGCCGGAGUAUUGGGAGCAGGAGACUCGGAAAGCCAGGGACAUGGGGAGGAAUUUCAGAGUGAACCUGAGGACCCUGCUGGGCUACUACAAUCAGAGUGACAAUGGGUUUCACACGCUGCAGUGGAUGUACGGUUGCGACGUGGGCCCCGAUGGGCGCCUGCUCCGCGGGUAUUGUCAGGAGGCCUACGAUGGCCGGGAUUACAUCACCCUGAACGAGGACCUGCGCUCGUGGACUGCGACUGACAUGGCCUCACACAUCUCUAAGCACAAGUCAGAGGAGGCCGGUGAGGCCCACCACCAGAGGGCAUACCUGCAAGGUCCUUGCGUGGAGUGGCUCCAGAAAUACCUAGAGCUGGGAAAGAAGACGCUGCUGCGCACAGAUCCUCCAAAGGCACAUGUGACCCGUCACCCCAGAUCUGAAGGUGAUGUCACCCUGAGGUGCUGGGCUAUGGGCUUCUACCCUGCUGACAUCACCCUGACCUGGCAAUUGAAUGGGGAGGAGCUGACCCAGGACAUGGAGCUUGUGGAGACCAGGCCUUCAGGGGAUGGAACCUUCCAGAAGUGGGCAUCUGUGGUGGUGCCUUCUGGAGAAGAGCAGAGAUACACAUGUCAUGUGGAACAUGAGGGGCUGCCUGAGCCCCUCACCCAGAGAUGGGAGCCUCCUCCAUCCACAGACUCUAACAUGGUGAUCAUUGCUGUUCUAAUUGUCCUUGGAGCUGUGGCCGUCAUUGGAGCUGUGGUGGCUUUUGUGAUGAAAAGGAGGAGAAACACAGGUGAAAAAAGAAGCUAUGUUCAUAUUUCAGGCUGCAAGGCUUCCCAGGUCCCUGACUGGCCUCAGAAGGCAUAAAAAGACAGUUGCCUCGUGGGGCUGAGUAACAAGUUCUGACUAACCGUCUGAGGAUGCUGCUUUCCCCUGUGAAGAACUGACAAGCCUAGUUCUUCCUCGCCUACCUGGACACCUGAUCUCAUAACAAAAUUAUAAUCUGAUUCUUGGCUGGGUGUUUCCUACUGUUUUUUUUUUUUUUUUUUUUUUUAAUCUGUUCUGAAUGAAAAUGCAGUUUCCAGCAAGGUAACACAGUUGUGCAGUGGUAGUGACAUUGGCAGAUGUUUGUGAGCUGGGUGUGUGGUGUGCUCUUGUUGUUGUAGGAAGAACAUGCUGUGAGCCCCCCAUCGGAGAGAGGGCAGGGACAGGGCACACUUUGUUCAACUGUGCUGUCUGUUUAUCCUUAGACAUCAGUUUCUUUAGAGUCACACAAGGUCAUUAAAAGGACUGAGGUGGACAAUGACUGGAGAGAUAGCUCAGUGGUUAACAGUGUUUGCUGUUUGAUGGGUGGUGGUGGCAUGCGCCACCGAGCACUCAGGAGGCAGAGGCAGGUGGACCUCUGAGUUCAAGGCCAGCCUGGUUUAUAAGGCAAGUUCCAAGAUAGCCAAGAGUAGGAGAAGCUAAGGUGGGAGGAGGAAGGAGAAGGAAGAGGAGGAGCGAGGAGAGGCAGAGAUGUAGCACCAUGGAUGACCUCGCAUGUACCAAGAACAGUCCUGGGUAACAACUUAUAUUUAGGUUAGCUAAUUGGGAAACACCUCUAAUUGUGUGGGCAUCUUGUUACUGAGCAUUACCAAAUAUAUAAAGCCUUUGAUU